AGUCUUGUCGAGUCCACGGAAGCGCGUGGAGCUCUCGCGCUUGCCUGCGGCUCGUCCGUUACGUAUACACUUAUUCUUACCUACUCUGCGCCCGUGCUUGUGUCUCCUUCUAUACUCGUAUAAUCGCAGUAUCCUCUAGUGCAGUGCAGUACCCCACGGAGCCGAGGCGUAUUCUCCAAGUGUGCAAGAUGCAGCAGCACGUCGGCACCUGAGAGCCUGUCUCGCUCACGCUCAACGCCAGGACGGACUCUCUCUCUCUCUUUCUCUCUCCCUGCUGGCGCGCGAUGCUCCCGGUGGCUCCGAUAACGUAAACAAAUCUCUCGAGCACCAACGCGUAUCUAGAUAUCCCCUGUGUCUGCGUCUGUGUACAACGCAGCGCACAAUAGAUCUCGAGAGCCGAGCGCUUCGCUCUGCAGCCGCGGGAGGGAUAAGGAAGGAGCUGCAGGAGCUGCCGCUGAGACUUUGCGAGAAGAGUAGGAAAGAGAGAGAGAGAGAGAUGGCGGGCGACGGCCUCUUCGAGACUACCAGCAUCCCGGGCCACCUCGCUCCCACGCCGGAACGCCUCGAGAGACUCCUGUCCAAGCAGACUCUCGAGGAGCUCUACGAGGUCGAGGAGCAGCCUUUCGCACGGGGCAAAUACGCGACGGUGCGCAGAUGCCGCGAGCGUACGAGCGGCCGGCAGUGGGCCGCCAAGUUCCUGAGGAAGCGACGUCGCGCCCAGGAGCUUAAGGCCGAGGCGCUCCACGAGGUCGCGGUGCUGGACGCCGCCGCUCACUGUCCCCGCCUCGUGUCCCUCCACCAGGUCUUCGAGACCAGCACCGAGAUGGUCCUCGUCCUCGAGCUGGCGCCUGGUGGCGAGCUGCAAAUGGUCCUCGACAGAGACGAGAUCCCGGAGGAGCGACAGGUCGCCAAACUGCUCAAGCAGAUCCUCGACGGCGUCGCGUUCCUGCACUCGCUCAACGUCGCGCAUCUCGACAUUAAGCCGCAAAACCUCGUCCUGACCGGCGAGUUCCCAGACUGUGAUGUGAAACUCUGCGACUUUGGCAUAUCCCGCUACAUCAGCCACGGGGCUGACAUCCGCGAGAUUUUGGGCACGCCCGACUAUAUCGCUCCGGAAGUACUGAACUACGAGCCCAUAAGCCUGGCGACGGACAUGUGGUCGGUGGGUGUGCUGCUUUAUGUCCUGCUGACGGGCUGCUCGCCCUUCGGCGGCGACAGCAAGCAGGAGACCUUUUGUAACAUCAGCCGCUGUCGGCUCGACUUUCCCGACGACCUCUUCGAGGAGGUCUCCCAAGAGGCUCAAGACCUCAUACGCCGGCUCAUCGUCAAGAAUCCGAGCGAGAGGCUCUCAGCCUCGGAGUGUCUGCAGCACUCGUGGUUCGGCAAGUUCGAGGACGUCGAGUCGCCCUUGGCCCUCUACGCGUCGGAGUCCAGCAGCGCCUGUGAUAACGCGAUCGAGUCGUUGACUGCCGAGCACAAGUCGGACGACGACGUACUGCUGCUGGACCUGUCCGUCGACGAGACGGUGGAGGGUGUGUCGAUCGAGCUGGAGCCUACUGCCGAGGUAGAGCCGGUGGAGGAUCGAGUAGCCGAACCGGCCGACGAGGAGGAGUCGGCCACGCUGGAGGUCGUCGCGACGGAGCAGCCGGAGAGCGAACCCGACAACGAGACCAGCCUCGAGCUCGAAACGGUCGAGGAGACGGAAACGACGAGCGGCGCGCUCGAGCUCGACAUUCAGAGCGCGGAGGAGCACGUGGAACCCGACGGCUCGAGCGACCCACUCGAGGAGCAAGAGUUGGCGGAACAGCCUUGCCUCAACAGCACCACUCCCAGCAGUGACACCGGAAGCUCCGAACGGGUCUACUUGAGGAGGAUGAGCUCGACCGUGCCGAGGACCUCGAGCAGGCAUCAGUUCACUGGCCUCUCGUCCGAGCGCCGAAGCAACUUCAAGCGAAGCAUGGAUUACCUCGCCAGCAAAUUCUCCGCCAGCGCAGAUCUACUCUCGGUCUUGGACGACGGCGUGCUCGACAUGGAGACUUCCUCCAGGAGAUCGUCUGUCAACAGCGCGACGUCGCUCAGCGAAUCAGUAUUCAAGUGCACGCCCGUAUUCAUCUUGGGCGAGGAGCAGCAGUGCAGCGACAGCGGCUCGGACACGGUCUCGGAGAUCUCGACCGACAGCUCAUCCGACCGCAGCAGCAUCUACUCCGACGACUCGCUCGACUUCAUUCUCUACGGCAAAACGACCCAGGGCCGCGUGAGCUACCCCUUCAGCGCGAGCGAGUCGCACAGUUGGAAACAGCGAAACGGCCUUGGCAACGGUAACAACAGUAGCAGUAGCAGCAGCAGCACCAACAGCGCCAACAGUGCUGCCAGCGGUCUGCGCCAUGGACCCCGCGUCUGGCCGCGUGAGUGCAACGGAGCCGUCAGCAAGGCUCUGAGUCGCUUCACCAGCAGCGAUCAUCACCACUACCGCCAUGUGUCGAGCAGCAUGAGCAGCGUAAGCAGCAGCACCACCAGCAGCAAGUCGCCAAUCGUCAGCGUGAGCUCGAGCAUCAGUAGCAGCAUAAGCCUCACUUCGAGCUCGGCGAUCAGGACGAGCACGACUCGUAUGACUGGACUCGAGGCGCUGCGGCGAGAAGGCAACAGAGGCGAAAGUUUGGUGGUAAUCCGCGAGCCAGUGAGGGCUGGCAGAUACAUGCGGUACAGCGAGGUGCAAUGCGAAUCCGUUCAGGCGCGGAUCCGAAGAUUUCAAGUUCACGGAUCUUCGUAGAAAGUCAAUCGAUCAAAAGCAAAAACUUCUUUGACGCAGAGAGCGCGUGAUGUAUUUUGUAAAUUGUACACGAUCCGCAUCACUGCCGCUACAGCUGCGUCGUAGGGACAUUUGUAAAUAUUAAUCAAAAUAGCAACGCCCUGAUGGCUGCUAUGUAAGCUUAAUUAAUUUAAAUGAAUCGCGGCCUACCUUUGUUUCUUCAUUUUCUGCGUAUUCGCCUAGCGCGCAAGCAAGUUCUUACCGAAAAGUAUAUCUAAAGUUAUAUUCAGCUCUCGACAGUCUUGCUCUGCUGGAAUGUUGAAACAUUUUAUCAUUCAUUGACGUCAUAAUGAAACUAUUUGUAUUUUAAUGGCGGUUAACGCGACUUUUAUCUCUAUUAAAAUAAAAGUAGUUUGCAUCUACUUUUUCCGUAAGACGGGAACGCUUGCGCAUUACGCGAACUCGAAUAUUAAGAGUGUGUACAUAUCGUGAAGCUAGGAAAUUUAUCGAGAGCGAGUGCAUGUGUUGCGAGAGAAUGUAGAUGUUUACUGUUAAAAUUGCGCGUCGCUGUUUGUGUGCUUGAAGAAAAUUCGCGGACGGACAAUCAAGGUUAAUCUGAGAAGUUUGCCGGUUCCGCGCUAGAGACUUAGAGACUGAUUUACUACCCUCCGUUCGGCUAACAUUAAAAUACUGUCUCCUGCUUAAACUUGAAAAUUGAUUUUUAAUACAAGUGAAAAUACAAACAAGUGAACACAGAGUGCCUUGCAGAUAUUUCAACAUAAAAAAUAGUCAAAGUUCUAGCAGACUGUGAAUGCACAAUCUAACGCAUCAAGAGGCACAGAUUUUUGUUUAUACGUCAAUGAAGCACAGCAUUGUCUCGCCUUUUUAUACAUAGUUUCUAAAGUUUUACAUUAUAUGUGUAAAUAUCCGAAACAAGUGCUUCGAUCUUUCGUAUAUACGUGGUCUUGAUCCUAUCGUGCCUUGAUAUCAUAUUUAUGCUAAUAACGUAAAAUUUACAAAUAGGAAAACAGUUUUUGAUGUCGACCGAGCGAUUAAUACAAGUAACAUUCUUUGAUCGUAAUAUUUGCCCAACUUGUUCGCGUUUCUCCGAAAGUGCCUUGCAGCUCCCGGUAUAUUAUAUUUUCUAUCGAGUCAGUGCUGUGUUGUAAUUUAAAGAGACUCUUCAGAGGUCGACAUUAAUAUUUUCAGAUAUUUAUUUUUUUCACUCGUCUGUAUGUCUGCUUCGAUUGACUCUUUCGAACUAGCAAGCCCCAAGUAAAAAUUACGCCAAUCAAACAAUAAAAUGAAGUCAAGUUUAGUUUAAAAAAUUAACUUCUCUUUAUUUUUACUUGGAACUUGCUUGAAAUUUUGAAAGCCUCGCGAAUCAAGCGACAAAAAAGACGCGAGUAUCGACGACUUUAUUACCUUUAUAAAAGAAGCGUUUGUACUAUAAAAGCUAUUCUUGCUAGUCAUAAUUGCUGAAUUACUGCAAAGCUUUGUAUAUUUCUUUCGCUUCUUUCGAUCCUCGCACAUUAUCUUAUGCGCGACGAGUGCAGCCAGAAAGCAAUUUUCCCUCGUGUUCAAUCUAACGUUUUUGUUGUUUCUCGCGGAAGUGAAUGCACACGCUCAUUGGCCGCGCUGCCAACGAGCGUCGUUGUGACACCUUUGCGAAUCGCAGUUGCAACUCCGGUUUUCUAAAUGUUUCAUACUGUUUUUUCCUCUCUAACAGAAUGUUACAUUGCGUUUAUAUAGGAAGGUGUUUCAUCGACACCAAACGAUUGCUGAAAUCGCGUGCAACUUAAACAAUUAAUUUGCGUACAUGGAAUCUAAAUGUAAACGACGUAUUUACAAAUCAAAAUUUUCUUUCCUUUUGCAAAAAUUAUUCUUGGUUUGUUUGGGUGAAUUUUUAAGCUAUAAAGAGAUAUGCAAAGCCUUUCCGAAGAAAGCUGAUGCCACGUUCCGACUAAUGAAUUUGCAGCCAUCAUGAUACUGCCGCCGACAAGUUGUUUGUGUGGAUACAUUGUAAGCGAUUUGUUCAAUAGAGUCAAAGUCAUGAUUGCGGACUCUUACCGUGAAUUAAAAGACCGUUCUCAUAAUAGAUAGACCGGGGUCAGCGUACUUGAUUACUUUGGAAGAGACAUUCUUAGCAUGUUUAAUUGAAGCGCGUGCUAAUUACUUUGUAAAAUAUUGUACAUUUAUUGUGAUAUUUAUAUUAUCAAUCUAAUAUAUUUAAUUAAUAUAACUGAUAUGUGGCUAGAAAGGUGUUUAUUGAAUUUCCGUAAUCAAAAUUACUAUUAGCGAAUAGUACAAAGAUUCAAUGAUAUAUUCUAUAAUCGAAAACCGUUUAAUUUAUUUACUUUUAAAUAGUUUAUUCGUAUAUUCUUCAAACAAGUUAAUGCAAGUAACAAUGCAAAGUUUUUUUUUUGUUACAUCAAGUAUCUUUUAUAUUCAAAAUUUUGUACGCACCUAUCAUUUUUAUGUAUGCAUACAGGUUAAUGCAGCCUCUGGAUAAAAAAUCUUUAAUAAUUUUAGGCAAUCGAAAAAAGAGAUGUAAGUUUGUAUACGUAUCUUCCAAAGUGAUAUUGUAUCUUCCAACGUCGAAUCAUUACGGACUGGCAACGAAUCGCUUGCGCGCAAGAAAGCACAGGCCGAAGAACAGUCCUAUUCACGUGUAAAUCUUUCUCAUUUGUAUCUUAUUGUUGUGGCUUAUUCUUUUGUCCUAGCGUGCGUUGGCCUCAGUCUAGUAUGCGUUCACGUCCAUCAUCUUGUACUGCGCAGCUAUUGAUAUUUUCUUGCGUUUCCGCUAGAGUUUGGACUGCUUUCAUCGUCAUAAUCAACUUUAUCAAAAUUUAUUUUCGACAAAUGAGUAAUACUUAUACUUAUUAAUGCCAUUUAUCUUUUUUACCCACACGCAUAAAAAGUUUACAUCGUCCGAUCAUCCUUUACUUACCAUCCGAUUACACGAGCGUCAAUUAUCGAAGAAGCCGAGCGCUUUAUAGGAAUAUAUUCGAAAGACCUGUGUAAAUAACUGAUUUAGAAUAUUACGAUAAUUUUAAUAACUAUAUACAAUAAAUAACAAAACUAUUUCAAAAGCA